UUGUUGCUCCUGUGAAGAAUUGAACCGCUCAGCGAAGAGAAUGGCAAGAAGAAAUGUCCUCAUUACAGGUUGCUCCUCAGGAAUUGGGCUGGCAAUAGCUGUAAAAAUGGCAAAAGAUGAGCAGAAAAGAUUUAAAGUGUUCGCCACAAUGCGGAACCUGGCCAAGAAGGAGCCACUGGAGGCAGCUGCAGGUCACAGGCUGGGCAAAACCCUUGAGAUUAAACAACUGGAUGUCUGUGAUGAACAGUCUAUUAAAACCUGUGUGAACAGCAUCCCUGACAGAAGGAUCGAUGUCCUGGUGAGCAAUGCUGGAAUGGGGCUCAUCGGGCCUAUUGAAUGUCAGAGCAUUGAGGAAAUGAAAACUGUGAUGGACACCAACUUCUUUGGCCUGGUUCGGCUCCUGAAGGAGAUCCUGCCUGACAUGAAGAGGAGAAAGAGUGGCCAUAUAGUAAUAAUCAGCAGUGUUAUGGGAAUACAAGGUAUCUUAUUUAAUGAUGUUUAUGCUGCAUCUAAGUUUGCUGUGGAAGGAUUCUGUGAAAGUUUAGCUAUACAAGCACUCAAGUUCAAACUGCAGUUAAGUUUGAUUGAACCAGGCCCAGUGGUUACAGAAUUUGAAAGAAAAGUUUUUGAAGAUGGAAUGAAAAUGGAUCUUUCAGCUGCAGAUGAAGAAACAGCUGAGAUGUUUACUAAUAUUUACCUUAAAAAUUACAAACAAAUUUUCCAGAGCCUGGGACAAAGUGCUGAAGAUGUUGCAGAGCACACAGUAAAGAUAAUUCUUGCAGAAAAUCCACCUUUUCGCCAUCAGACCAACACCUUGUAUACUCCAAUGACAACUUUGAAGUAUGCAGAUCCAAAUGGAGAUCUACCCAUUGACAUAUUCUACAAAAUGGUUUUUCAGCAUGACAAAAUCUUCAGUGCAAGUCUCAACUUCAUCAAAUUGCUAAGGUGGAGAAGCAGAAAGAGCUUUGACCUGGGAAAACCUUCACAAUAA